GCGUCUUGUGUUUUAUGACUUUCCUCCAUAUUUUGUUCUUUUUAUGGUUGCUUGUUGGGCCUGGUGCUGUCGUCCUGUAGCUAGCUGCAGUAGCUGCUGUAACAGAGCGUUUCCUUUUGUAUUUUUAUACGCUUUUGUACUUUUGACGAUAUGCAAUAUAAAUAAUUUUAGGUUUGAAAGUGGGGUCUACAAGCAUCUGCGCAUGUUUGACGUUGUGUUGAACGCUGCGAUCACUGGUACGCUACAGACUGACACCAAUGCUCGAGUUUGUUCCAGUACAAUGGCGAGCAUUCUGCAUCAUGAAACAAAUAGCCCUAACUGCUACUGCUGCCACACAGCGCCCAAGCGGCCACCUCAGCCAGCAUCUGCAAGCACCUCGUCAAGCACAAACGAUUUGGAUGCUUCUUUACAUGAGCUGGGCAUGCUGAGUGCUGUCACAAACUCUCGCCAGGACUAUGUACUUGAGAAGCUUUCCCACAGAGCUAGAAACAUGGACUCUAGCCCACACCAUUCUGGGCUCUGUGUGCUAGCAAUGAAUUCUGCCUACAUUGCAGACUUCUCAUUCAUGACUUCAAGUGUUGUUCCAGAGAGCCCCCCAAGUCCAUCUGAGACUGUGCCACUCCUGACUUUACGACGUCCUCGUAUUCGGGCCCUUCGUAGGCGACACUACUUUUAUCAGCCAUAUGACUACCCUUGGCGGCAAAGACUAGUGGACAUGCUGAGGACAAAAGAAGACGAAUCUGCAGCUGAGUUUGAGAAUAGCACUGAUGGUGUCAACAAGUCGAACCCGGGCAGCCCGUCCAAGUUGACUGGGACCAGUUCAAACGCAAGUGCCACUACUGUGGCUGGUAUUGUCCGGUCCAAGUCACUAGAUGACCUUGAAGUGUGUGCCAAGGAAUGUGGGACCAAAGCAGAUAUUGAAACAGUAUCACGUAAAAUAAGCAACCUUCAUGUCAGCUAGCUUUGCUUUCUAUAGGCAUACAUCACACAGCGGCAGUGUUGGUGUGUCUUAAAAUUUAUUCAAUUGGUUGCCUUCAGCAGAAAAUUUUUUUUUUAGAGAGGUGCCCUCCUGUCUGGCUUGCUUUUCUUGGCUGCAAAGUUUGUAACCUCUGAAACACUUAUUGACAUAUUACCUUUUUUUUUUCUGGUAUAUGUUAGCAUUAAAUCUAUCUUUGCAGUGCUAAGUUGGUGGUAGAAAUAUCUACUGGCAACAUGUUCUGAGCAAAACACUUGUGAUGAAUCUUUUGUUAUUUGGGUCAAGUGCACUAGUCUCUAAGGGGCUUUCUGUACCUGAUUAGCAGAUGAGAGGUUGCUGCACUCCUGCUGGAAGACACAGACAUAUGUUAGCAGAUGCUCAUAACUGUGUAAAGUGCCCAGUUGAUGUUGAGGUCUCAGCUGCAUUUUUUUACAUUUUCAGUCUAUUGCAGUUUCAAAGUUGCAAUAUGUCUUGCAAAUUCACUGAAGUCGAAGUAAAAGUAGUAAAGAUGCAUCAGUAUAAUCAAAUUAUUGUCAAAAAACCUUUUGUAGCCAGAGCUGAUUUUCUGCUCAGUAAUGCCUGCUUGUUGAAAAGCAAAAGUGUACAGACAACAGGUCUGUGUUGUAAAAUUUUAACUGUCAAUUUCAGGCGGCAUGACGAAGCUGCGAAAAAAAUGCACCUUUUUUCUGGCACCCAUGGUUCGUACAUGUUUGGUAAUUUGGCACCAUUCAUGGCAACUUGCAGGGUUCGUGACCCUUAACCCUUUCAGGUGCCAAUGAAUUCUCUUGAUUGAAAACUUAUUUUCACUGCAUUUCUUGAAUCUUCAGAAUCAUAAAGUGUACAGAUGCAGAAUAGGUUAACAAUUCAUAAUUUUUAGUGAGUUUUGUCAAGCUUACAGAAUGUGGACUUCAUGCGAAAACUAGCUACAGGAACAUCAGAUAUGAGAAUGUCAACUGUUUCAUGCAUAGCAAGCUUGAAAACUGCCUAUCCGGGUACUUGAAGGUGAUGUCUGGUGUAGCACACUCUGAAUAACAAUGAAAGAAGUGAACCCACUACAUACAAUGACAUACUCACACCAAGCAAUAACACAACCGUCUACCUUGCCACUUGUUUUGUACACAUUAUUGACACUUGCAGCUCAAUUCCAAUCAAAAUUGUUUCAAGAUGUAUGUGACACAUUUUAAAUAUCAUUACUUUCAUCAGUAUAUUUACUGUUGAUGCACCAUCUUGGCAUACAAAAUUGUCAACAUGGCGCCUGAAAGGGUUAAAUAGUUGCUUUGCUGUAGCUGAAGCUCUUACUUGGUAAAGCUUUCUGUGAAGUGAUCCAAUGAAAGCCACUGUAAAGGCGAAAUCCUCUGUACCAUUGUACAUUUUCUUAUUGUUGAAACCUUUGCAUUAUACUCAUACUGACCAACCAGCACGACCGCGAGGUUGUGCUAGCAUGCUGGGGUCACUUGCAAAAUGUUGAAGGCCGGUUUACAAAGUAGCUGGCAUGCAGUGGAAGCGCAGUGUCAGUUUGUUGUGCCAGCGAAAAUAAAAUCUCGUCCUUCAUUUA